CAUACGACUCCAGUGGUAAAUCCAUGUCUUUGAAGCAAUGCGAGGAGUGAGAAACAUCAAUAUUUAAGUCCUUUUUUACCAUAAUUUCUUCUUGCCAAGUAGGUGGCGAUAUGCAUGAAGAAUGUUGUAAUUGAAAGAAAAAAGGACUUAAAUAUUGAUCUGUUUCUCACCCACACCUGUCACAUUGCUUCAGAAGAUAUGGAUUUACCACUGGAGUCAUAUGGAUUACUUUUACACUGCCUUUAUUUGCUUUUGGCGCUUCAAAGAUUUGGUCACCAUUCACUUGCAUUGUACGUACCAACAGAGCUAAAGUAUUCUUCUAAAAAGCAGAAGAAAGUCAUUCACAUCUGGGAUGGAAUGAGGGUGAGUAAAUGAUGAAAGCAUAUUUAUUUUUGGGUGAACAAUUCCUUUAAUAACUUAUUUAAUUGGCAAUAAAAAUAAAAAAAAAAACACAUUAACCAGUAGGGGGCAGACAAGGAACACAAAACCUUUUGGGUGACUAAUGCAUUCACAGUGUAUUCAUAUCAAGGAGAUUAAUACUUGUAGUUAUUUCUCUGCUGAAUUCUGAGAUCUGAAUUCUAUAAUUCAUACCUUUUUUUCCCCAUAUACCACCUUCUAAUGCAGUCAACUAUAAGUAAGCCAUUUGUUGGUUGAUUUCACCUAAAAGUGUAAACACUGUGGUUCUGUGGAGCUUUCUGUUUGUUUGAGCAGACUGUCCAGCUCAAAACAGCAACAUUGACUGACCAGUCGUAUGAGUUUGGGGCAGGAUUAUCUGUUUUCUGACCAAAUGAUGACGGGGAGUUUUUUGGAAUCUGUUUGAAAACUGAUCAUUUUUUACAUUCUGUUCAGGGGCGCAAAUGGCACAGAAAUGACACUCAGAAUGAGAAUCUAUCACAUUUAGUCAUACUGUAAGUGUACUCUUGCGCUGUAUAUUUUUAAACGGUACAAAAUUAAUUGCCCUCAUGAAGUUAAAAAGGUCAAUGAAAAAACUCCUUGUCAGGCUAUUACCACAAAGGGUUUUCCUAACUUGAGGGGUUUCUUGCAACUGGGUAUCACAGAUCAACCCUAGAUCUGCCAAAGGAUCUCUACCACCUCAUUAAAAAGGCUUUUGCUGCGAGAAAGCAUCUAGAGAGAAAGUUACUCAGUGUACACAUUUGUUUUGUCUCCUGGGUGAUGGCUUGCUGCAAAAGCAAUAUGAACGAUUUGUCACUGGGUUCACACAGGAAUGUUAAUGUUGUGGAUGGUGUACAUUCAGAUUCUAAUGAAUUCCAUCUUACAUUUAACUGAAACAUGAAACAAAUACUACAUCAUUUGAAUAAACUUUUGCACACUUUGUAAAACUAAAACUUAAUCUAAACUAAAUUAGUUGCCUUGUGUUACUGGCAUCUUCUGACUUGUUUUGAUUUAGGCACAUGUGGAAUCUGUGUACAGUUCCUUUAUAGUGCUAUAUAGUGUCUAUAUGGUGUGUCUAUGCCACAUAAGAAAUUAUGUAUCAAACCUAUAUCUACAUUAGUACUUUACACAAUUAUUUAUUUUUUACAUUUUGUCAUUUACUUUCAUUGUAUGGGGAAAAUAUGCAAUGAAAGGGAGUGAUGACUGAGGCUAACAUUCUGCCGAACAUCUCAUAAUUGACCUUUUUUUUUUUUUUUUUUUUUUAACUUUACCACACCUCUUAGUCAUCUACAUAGUUUUUUUUUUCCCCCCAAACACAGCUUGGGAACUUUAACUGUCAAUACUAGUAAUUUGGUCUCUUUAACUGGUGGACCGUAUGAUAUAAUUAUAUUUUUAAACAGGGCUACAAAAAAAGAAUGAAGUGGCUUAAAUUAAUUGGCAUCAGGAGGUAAUAAGCUCAAAGUAAUGGCGUGAUGUAAGAGAAGCAGAUGUUAGCUUAUGCCUUCGCAACAGAUAUCACAUGGGAAAAUAAACCAUGCGUAAACGUACUACGUCAUUGCUUGGGCGUGGUUAUUUGCGAGAGGGGGCGGUCUUAAUCUGAGUGACACAUAUGCGAUCAAAUCAAAGUUCACUUCAUCAGGGGCUGGAGAUAUUUGUGUACAGUGGAGCAUUUUCAUAAGUUUGAGUAGACGUUCAUUUCGGAGGUGUUGUAAACGCUAACGGUUACCUGUCAUCAUGUGGACCUCAGCAGCUUUUGCACGGAGUUAACUCUCAUACAUUUGGGAAAAUGUGGUUUGCAAACUUCACAAAUCAGUCGAUAAAGUACCACAAAGAAAACAAACCAAGGGACGAGUAUCAGAAUACGUGACGUUUGAUCGGUUGAAGAUGGAAAGGAGCGGAACAGAGCGGAUAGCGCUGCGGCGCUUCGGGGACAGCGGGAUGAUGCUGUUGCCCUGGACCAAACAGAUGCUGUGUGUGGUGUGGGACCACUUACGACUGCUGGUCCAGAUCAUCUGCUGCACUUUGAUGACGGUUUUCCAGAUGUUCAGGUUUGAAGUCCAUCUGAGAAUUACGAACGAGACAGGGCAACACAUACAGCACAUGACAAGUGGGUCAGGAGACCCCUCUGACAGUUUCCUGCUCUCCUCUUUGUUUGAAAGCAACAAAAACAUGGUUGUCGGUGGUUCUGGUUCGCUUUCAAAAUUUGCCAGGGACCCCUUUGACGUAAGCUCUCAUUCCAGGGCCGUCCUAUCCAGUCUGGUCAACGAUGAGCUCUGCUGCUCUUUGGUGGACGACUUUGUGUCCCACGCAACAGAGUGUCUCACAGACAGUGAAGACCUCUACAUUGGUGAUCACUCCAUGUGGAAACAUGGAUAUGACUGGAGUGUAUUAGGAGGUUCGGAGAGGAAAUGUGGAGAGAGCAGGUGCUCUCCAGUGUCUUUCGCUGCAUGUGUGUCAGGAUUUUCUGCAAAGGAGAUUGUUAAGCCAGAGAAACCCAUCAAUGAUCCUAGCUCAUGUAGAUCGUCUACAGAGGAUGUUCAAGGACUAGGUCAACUGAAGUCAGUAGGUCAGUUUUCAGACAGUGAGUUAAGCUGGGGUAGCACAGACAGUUCCUGCUUAGAAGGAGAGAGAGAUGAAAGUGACAGACUCUGGGAGCUUCUGACCAGCUCUUCGGAUCCAUACCACCCCCUGCGCUUUACUGCUUGUUUGUCCAGUGCCGUUACAGAAAAAAGCAAAGCAGAAGUUGUUUCACAGCCAGUUAAAAAGUCUGAAAGUCCCACUGCAUCACAGUCCACUGCAUCUACAGGCUCUGACUCUUCAAAACCAGGUUCUGAAGAUGAAGAAGAAGAAGCCUUAUGGAGGUCCCUCUCUCAGAAUCAUGACCCCUAUCACCCACUGAAUUUCAGAGCCACUCUUCAGAGCUCACCUGCUACCCCAACAGCUUCGAAGCACUGUUCUGGUCCACCCAGCCAAAACAUGCAAAGUUCGACAGUCAGAAACUUAAAAUCUUCAAGGUGCUCAAAGCCCCCUUUACUGCAAAGGAAAGUUGCUCGCCAUUGCUGCCACAAAUUUUCUGUCGAUACAUUAUCUGUGGUGCCAUGGAGAAGGCAUGCUGGUCAGACAGCUAAACGGUGCAACCAGAGGAAAUGUCCUACAUUGAAGAAAGUCAAAUUUUCUCCCAUUGUGCAAGUUCAUAAGAUGCAAGCUUGGUCCUUUGCCCUUCAUGCAUCUCGUAAGGGACCGUGGGAGGAGCUCGCCCGGGAUAGAGACCGCUUCCGAAAGAGAAUCAGUGAGACUGAGAAGGCCAUUGGCUAUUGUUUUAGUCGACAACACAGGGAAAAGCUUUGGGCCUAUAAGGACAGCAUACAGAUGAAGUAACUGGUUCUUGAUCUGCAAAAAAGUCUUAACAAUCCUGAUUGUUAUCGUUGAUCAUAUAGUUCCCAGACUGUUAAUUUGAUUUAUAUUGACAGUUUUACCUCACAUAUUUCCUUCGCUGCAACUGAAUGUGAACCAUGUUUUUGCUAUGCUUUACAAUGUAACUAAUGUGAUUACAAAUAUUUAUUUUUUAACACAAAUAUUGGGUAUAUAUUAGAAUAGUAGACAUGUUUUUAUAUUUUCACUUAAAGGAAUAGUUCACCCAAAAAUGAAAAUUCUCUCAUCUUUCAUGUUUAUGAUCUUUCAUGUGUAUGAUGUGUAUGACUUUCUUUCUUCUUUAGAACAUAAACAAAGAUUUUUUAGAAGAAAUUUCAGCUCUGUAGGUCCAUACAAUGCAAGUGAAUGGUGACCAAAACUUUGAAGCUCCAAAAAGCACAUAAAGGCAAAAUUAAAGGAAAACACAUCACUCCACUGGUUUAAUCCAUGUCUUCUGAAGUGAUCUAAUUGGUUUUGGGUGAGAACAGACCAAAAUUUCACUUCUUUUUCACUAUAAAUUUUGACAUCAACAGUCUCCUUGGCGAUCAUGAUUUCAAGCUCGAUUACACUUCCUAGCGCCAUCUAGCGUUCUGCGCAUGCAUCAAGCACUAGAAAGUGUAAUAGAAUUUGGAAUCGCGAUCGUGCCUAGAGACUGCAAAGGAAAGAUAUACAGGACAAAAGGAGUUAUAUUUUGGCCUGCCUCGAAUGGAUUGUUUCAGAAGAUGGAUUAAACCACUGUAGUCUAAUGGAUUACUUUUAUGCUGCCUUACGUGCUUUUUGGAGCUUCAAAGUUUUGGUCACCAUUCACUUGCAUUGUAUGGACCACAGAGCUGAAAUAUUCUUCAAAAAAUCUUUGUGUCCUGCAGAAGAAAGAAAGUCAAACACAUCUGGGGUGGCAUGGGGGUGAGUUUUCAUUUUUGGGUGAACUAUCCCUUUAACACCACUGAAGUGAUGUGAAGUAGGAUUUUGUUUUGUUUUUAAUUAUUUGUAUUUAAGAAAAUGCAUAAGAGCAAAAAAGGUAACAAUGGCAAGUUACAAUGCACUACAAUGUUUACAUUUUUAUAUAUAAUUGUUCAAUUUAUGUUGAGUUCAUUUAGAUCAAGAACAAAUACUAUUACCAGAUAUUUGCUUAUUUUCUCUUCAUUAAUCAUUGCAAUUUGUACUUGGGGCUAAAUUACAUGGCAGUAAACACCUUUCAUUUGCUUUACAGCAAUUGUUUGCUUUUUUUUACAUUUUAAACUUUAUUGCUCUUCAUAUUGUAAUUAUCUCUCCUCACAUUGUUGAAUGUACAAUUUGUUUGCUUGAACUGUGUCCUGGCUCAUUUGUUUUGGUUGCGUCUUACUAGUUCAUUGCGUCUCAGACUCUGACACUGACUGUAGCCUCAUGCAGAGGUAGAGAA